UUGUCUGUGGCUUUGUGAUCAAUUCCAAGAUGUCAGAUUGAUAGGUAUGGGGAAGGAACAGUGAUUUUAGUUUAAAUCUUUUGUAUCUAUGUACCUUCAAUUUAGUUAAAUAAUUAUGAGCAAAAGGUGUACAGUAAUUUUAGGUGUAACGUAAUAUCAUAAAGUGUUAUAUAUAAUAUAGUCAAGUGUAAAUGUUGCUGAUUGAAGGUGUUUCCGUUAGCAGCCAAGGGAGCACUCGUUGUUAUUUAUUGUUACAAUCAAGUUUACCGAGGUGAUAUUAUUUUCAUGAAUGAUACGAUGAAUCAUGAGGGUUGUAAAUGUAAAGCAGUGUUAUUGUAAUUAUUGUAAUGUAAAUAAAAAUAUCAUUAAUACGCGCAUGCGUCCGAGUAAGCAACAGACAAAGGUUUAGUUUUCGUGUGGUUUGUGAAUCAGCUGUAUUAUAAGUGCGAUGACUUAGUUAUACCAAGUGGGUGUUUUGGAAGCCACAAUGUUCAGUGAAAUUGGAUAUAUCGUGUUCUUGCUGCUGGCCCUACCAUACAUUGAAAGUGCAUCGCGCCGUCGCCUCAGCGAGUACAUCGAGCACUACGAGGAGCUGGACUACGACGCGGGCGGCGUGCACGCGCAGCACGUGCGCCACCGGCGGUCCACCGGCUCCGAGCUGAGGGUUAACUUCAAGGCUCAUGGCCGGAGGUUCGCGCUGCGCCUGCGGAGGGACCUCUCCGCGUUUAGCGAGGAGUUCAAGGUGGAGGGCUCCAGGGGCGAGCUGCACGAUGUGGACACGUCGCACAUCUACCACGGCGAGCUCGCCGACGAGCCAUCAUCGGCGGUGUUCGGCUCGGUGACGGACGGGGUCUUCGAGGGCAAGAUCCUGGCCAAUGAGGGCGCGUUCUACGUGGAGCACGCGCGCCGCUACUUCCCGCCCAACGGGACGCGCGGCCGCGGCCACUCCGUCAUCUACAAGGAGAGUGACGUCAUCGAUCCGCACGCGCAUCGGAGGCAUGGCCACGUGGGCGGCUGCGGUAUCACGGACGAGGUGGUGCAGUGGAUGGAGCGGAUCCAGAACUCGGGCGUGGACGACGACCCCAGCACGGCGCAGCCCGAGCCGCCGUCGCCCUCGCCGCCGCCGCCGCCGCCGCAUCCGAACAGCUUGCGGGAUGACCCUCCCAGGCACUGGGAGUCACAUCAUUACAACAAGUACUCGCGGGCGGCGAACACCGGCGAGCAUUCGCGCUCGAAGCGAGCGACGUACGACAACCGCAACACGUGCUCGCUCUACAUACAGACCGACCCGCUCAUCUGGCGGCACGUCAGGGAAGGAUUUCCGGACCACCGAGACCCGAGCAAGCGCAACGAAGUAGACAUGAAGACUCGCGAGGAGAUCCUGUCGCUGAUCGCGCACCACGUGACCGCCGUCAACUACAUCUACCGCGGGACCAGGUUCGACGGACGCAUCGAGCACAGGGACAUCAAGUUUGAAGUGCAACGAAUUAAGAUCGACGACGACUCGCUCUGCUCCGCAUACCAGUUCUCGUCCCCACACACGAACCAGUUCUGCCUGGAGAACAUCGACGUGUCCAACUUCCUGAACCUGCACUCGCUGGGCAACCACGAGGACUUCUGUCUGGCGUACGUGUUCACGUAUCGAGACUUUACUGGGGGGACUCUCGGUCUAGCAUGGGUGGCGAGCGCGAGUGGCGCCUCUGGCGGCAUCUGCGAGAAGUACAAGACGUACACGGAGACCAUCGGCGGCACGUACCAGAGCACCAAGCGGUCCCUCAACACGGGGAUCAUCACGUUUGUCAACUACAACAGCAGAGUGCCGCCCAAAGUCAGCCAGUUGACGCUGGCGCACGAGAUUGGGCAUAACUUCGGGUCGCCGCACGACUACCCGUCCGAGUGCCGGCCGGGCGGCCAGCAAGGCAACUACAUAAUGUUCGCAUCAGCCACCUCGGGCGACCGGCCCAACAACAGCAAGUUCUCGACGUGCUCCGUGGGCAACAUCAGCGCCGUGUUGGACGCGGUGCGCGACGGCCGCAAGCGGAACUGCCUCACCGCCAGCGCCGGCGCCUUCUGCGGGAACAAGAUCGUCGAGACCGGCGAGGAGUGCGACUGCGGUUACGACGAGAACGAGUGCAAGGACCACUGCUGCUACCCGCGGCAGCUCAGCUCGUACGACCGCGAGCGCAACGCCACGGCCAAAGGAUGUACUAGGAAGGCCGAUACGCAGUGCAGUCCGUCACAAGGCCCGUGCUGCCACGCGCGCACCUGCCAGUUCGUGCUCGCCUUCCGCAACCAGACGUGCCGCGAGGCCAGCGAGUGUUCCCACGCGGCGCAGUGCUCCGGCCGCGCCGCCGAGUGCCCCGAGCCCACGCCCAUGCCCAACCACACCAAGUGUAACAACGGCACCCAACUCUGCAUAAACGGCGAGUGCAGCGGCUCCAUCUGCCUCGCGUGGAACAUGAAGGAGUGCUUCCUCUCCUCCUCGCCCAUAUCCCUCGGGGCGGGCGUCACGGCCGUGGCUGACAGGCGAGCGCUGUGCCAGCUGGCGUGCCAGACCGGGCCCGGGCAGGACUCGUGCCAGAGCACGGCUGACUUCGCGCAUAGGGUCGGGUUGCCGCCCGGCGGGAUUAGCUUGCGGCCCGGCAGCCCGUGUGAUAACUUCCAGGGCUACUGCGACGUAUUCCUCAAAUGCCGCGCGGUCGACGCCGAAGGCCCACUGGCCCGACUGAAGAACCUACUCCUAAACCGAGCCACGCUCCAGACUGUACAAGCGUGGGUCAUAGAGCAGUGGUGGGUGGUGUUGCUGGCCGGAGUGGCGCUCAUUGUGUGUAUGGGCGCGUUUGUCAAGUGCUGCGCGGUGCACACGCCGUCGUCGAAUCCGAAGAGACCGCCCGCUAGACGUCUGUCAGAGACGCUCCGUGGCCCCAUGAACACGCUACGUCGCAUGCGGCACGGGCCGGGGGGCGCGCGGCCGGCCGGGGCCCGCGCCCCCGCGCGCCGCCCGCACCGACAGAACAAGGGGUAUGCGCCGCCGCACGCCGGAUACAGUCAUGGAGGCGCAGCGCCGUCGGCGGGCCCGAGCCGGCGCGCGGAGCCGUACGCCAACGCGUACCCGCAGUCGUACGAGAUGCGCGCGCCGCACAAGGUGUGACGUCACGACCCGCGCGCGCCGCCGCCUGUCACCGAGCCGGCCCGCGGUCCCGUGGAAGUGGUGUCGCUGACCCCGGGCGUGCCCCUGCUCCUCGGCUACGUGUGUCGCGCCGACCGCGCCACGCUCACCGUGGCCUCGCAGACCACCAUCACCCUCCACGCGCCAGACGAUAGACAGAAACAGCUAUAAUACUGAAGUGCCAGGCCGGACGGGCGACGAUUCUGAAGACCCAAGUGCCCCGAGUUGGGAGAUUUCACAUCGGAUGUGAUGUGAGGAAAGUGCUACUAUUUUCAUAUAUAUGCCAAAUUUUUGGUUUGAACGUUUUGAGGCUUGUGUCUUCAGAAUCGGCCUCGAGGUGUUAUCACAAAGUGGUUUUAGGAUUGCGGUUCAGUGUUUCGUGAUGCAAUAGACUGGAGAUGCUCGAACUCAACGCCGAAUCUUGUACAAAAAGUGAAUAAUGAGAGUUCAGUUACAAUAGUAUCCGUUUAAAAUGCAGUAGCUGUAAGUUUUAUUUAACGACUGUAACUCAGAAUGUAAUAUGUUAGUCGUUAUUGUAAACGAUUAGGUGUAUCGCUAACUUUCGUAGGGUGUAUCUUUACUUAAAAGGUCUCGACCAAGCGAUUCGAGCGAAUCAGCCGAUAUAAUAAACAGAAUGCAUUUAAUAGCAAUGAUAUAAGUUACGUUUGGGAGAUUAUCAGUGAUGCGAUGUGUUUUAACGUUUAAAAUAUAUCUAGCCACGAGAGUGUCACAAAAGCCCAUUUUUAAAUAAACAUAUUUGCUCAAAAUGUUAUAAAAUCAGCCAGGUUGUUUGUAUAUUAUUCGUGUAUUUUCAUGGGCUCAAAAUUAACUAGUUUGGAACACCAAUAAUCAAUUUAGAUGAAGCUUGUAUACCUAAUAGUUCAGGAUUUUAUUAUACCUAUAAAAUUGGUGUUCAUGGGGUUAACUAAAACCAGAUUCAGACAGACUACAGUAUUAGUCCAUUUUAUUUAUAGGUAAUUAAUAAGCGAUUCGGAAAUUCUUUGCUCAAUAUUGGUCAUAUUAUUUUAUACAAAAUUACUAUCUUCAAAUAAUUUUUGAGCUCAAAUUGCGGUCUUUUACGAAUCAUAAAAAUUCAUUCCGUUAUAUUUAAAAUAAUUACUAUUGUAUGCAUGACUUGCUAAUAUUACUCAGAACAGUGAUACUCAAUAUUGAUGCAUGGAUAAGUAUGUAUCUAACCUUUACAGCACAUCAUUUAUGUAUAUUUUUGUAUAUAAAUGGAAAAUUUUACAAAGGCUACACGUAAGAAUAUCAUAGAUUAAUAAUUAAAAUCAAUAAUACCACUAACGUUAAAUCAAUAGUUGUGUAUGUAGUACAGUCUUUUUUGGAAUCUCCGUAAGCGUAUAUUUUAUAUUAUUUAAUGUUUUUAGUUUAAGUGGAAACGGAGGUGCCAUUAUAAAAGCUAACAGCUGCUUUUAUUUUCUACUCUUAGAUUAUGUUUAUAGUAUUAUAUUAUCUAAUUGGGCUCAAAUUCUUUCAGCGUUGGCUCAGCUAGACUUCGGUAUUGUCUACUAAUUGUUUCAAUUAUAUGUAUGUUAAGUUUAGGUAGAAUAAACAUGAAUUUUUAACAGUAUUGCCAAAAUGAUCGUACUAUUAUUAGACUGAAAGUUUACGUUUUUAUCUGUCUAUUAUUACGAAAUUGUGACCAUGAUUUAACAUUCUUGUAUUAUUAUGGUGUUCUUGCAUAUCACAAUUCUUAACUUGCAUUUGUCAGAAGCUAUGAUUCCGAGAAAUCUAAAACCCUGAUCUCUUAUUCAGUAAUGAGAAUUAUACUUAUUAUAUUAUAGUAGUUAUUAACUUUCGUCGUGCAAGCCAAAGAGCAUGAUGUAUUUUUUAUUAUUUCUAUACAUUGUAAUGUAAGUAAGGAUCCGUAUACCACAGCAAUGCCAUUAUUAGUGAUUGUCGUUAAAUAAAUACACUGGUUUCCUAUAAUAUUGUAUAUUUGUUUGUAUGUAAGCAGAGGUAAAGGAUUUCAAACGUAGAUCUUGACCAAUCAUGACUGAUGGAUGAUAUGCUGAUACUUUCCAUCACUUUCAGUAGAACUCAAUGGCAUUAAUUCUCCUAUUUGUAAGCAAGUUUACCGUAAUAGAAUAUUUAAAAGACAAUGUGAAUAUUUUUAAUUAACAAAAUAAAUGUUACAACAUGUGAUUUCAAAAUAAAAAACAAUAAAUUUUACAUGAAA